CACUGCUGGAAAAUUUGUGUUUUUCUGUUAAAAAAUAUGCCGGUUAAAAUUUUUGUGUUGAAUACUUAACACAUCCAUGUGUUAAUUUAACAUAUUGCUGUUGUGUUAAUUGAACUCAAAUGUUAAAUUAUUAAAGCAACUAAAAAAGAAUGUAAAAAUAACAUAAUGCGCACAUAUUUUUAAUUUUACACGAUAGAUAUGUUACGCAUUAUUAGUGACAGAAUUUAUUUGUUAAAAUUUACAGAAAAAAGUGUUAUUGUGAGACCUGUUUGUUCAGGACUGCACGCGGCAACGUCUCGCGUCUCACAGUCUUCCCGCGACUACCGCGUCCCGCAUCCCGCGUCCCGCGUCAUCCGCGUUAUUUCUCGACGAUACGUCGAAGUGUGCGCCGUGCGGACGCGUGUUUAUAUCUCGACGAAUCUUCUUGUUAGAGUGCCAGCAUUCUAUACCUAUACUCUUAUACUCUAAUUAAUAUCGUGGAAGUGCGUUGGUUUUUACGUAGCGAGACUGAGAGAGAGAAAGAGCCAGCAUUAUAGAAAUCUGCUUGGAAGUUGGAAGAGAAUACCACGUAGUGCAUAAAGAGACGUAUCGCUCGAGAGCUGUGGUCCCACUUCAGGUCUUCAUUUGUAUAAUUACUAAUGUACAUAACCUUUACUAUGGCUAUUGAGCAAAAUAAAACGUAUCUAUUUUGUGUGUUACAAUACAUUGCUGAAAAAGUAUGGGUUAAAUUGGAAGAGCCUUGUGUAUAUGAAGAUUUUGUUCGAAAAGCUAAAACAACAUUUCCAUCGUUAAAUGAUGUGGAUUUUGUUUUUACUGAUAUGUAUGAUGCCAGACUUGAUCCUGAAUUUUUAACGGAAUUCGUUCAAAUAAGUUCACGAGGAGUUGUAUUAAAGAUCAAAUGUACAACAAAUAUUCUCGAUAUCUCUGAUUCUCAAUCGUCCACAUAUAUGUCCACAUAUUCAAAUUCAUUAUAUUCUGGCCCUUCAUCACCUAGCGUGUUAAACACUUUGGAUAAAAACAUUUUGGAUGAAAACAAAGAUGCAAAAUGUAACAAACAACGUUCAACUGUAAUCGAUAUAUCAGACACUACAGAAAAUGCUACAUCGGAUUCUGAAGAAUAUGAACCUCGCUCAAAAAAAUCUAAAGUAAUGCAUAUUGAGGACGACAUAAUAUCAAAGAAGGAGCAUUUCUAUGAUCCAAAAACUGGAAAAGGAUAUAUCGCAACGCGGUUAUCUAAUGUACAAAGAAAAGAAGUACAUAGCGAAGGUACUCAAUCGAACAAAAAGCAAUCUACUGAUACUUGCGCAGAUAUUGAACCUAAGGAUGAAACAGAUGUUGUUAAAGAUGCGAUUAAUUUUAUGAAGUUUGCAACUGUUGAUCAAAAAGAUAAUAUUAUUAAGAAAGUAAAGGAGACUUUCAAAGUCAGGAGAUAUUUAUAUCUAAACGAACAUUUUUUUGAAACAUUUCCAAGAUUUUUGGACAUGCCUGAGUUGAUUGACAUUGAAUUCGAAUUAUUGUUUCCUCAUAUUGAUAGAGAUAUUUUAAAUACAUAUCUGGACUACGCCAACCAUAUUGUAAACGUUUACAAUAUCGAAAAACAAGACAAAACUUUACUUGAUUGGGAUCGUAUUACGAAUUCAUUUAUUGCUCUAACGCAAUUAGUACCUCCGACUGCUAGAGGAAAAAAGUCUGCGGCGAGAGAAAGAAGCACAAACAUAAUCAAAAAGUUAAUCAUCUAUACACAGAGUGCAACACCACUGAAUACUGAUGAUAGUAAAAGUCAACCGAAGUUAAUCGCAGUUGGACCAAAUAAACUCGCAAUUGAACAAUACUUUUUGAAAAUUGAUAAACAUUUAAUUCUAUUACAAACAAGAGACAUUAUUAAAGCCAUUGAUUAUCUUUUUAAGGCUCACUAUGCGUUUCAUAUUGAAUAUGAUGGAGAUUUACACAAUUUUUGGAUCUUAAUACAACACUAUUUUUACAAAAUAUCUAGUAAAUGUACUAAUAAAAUCAUUGAAACGUUUACAAAAAUUGAAUGUGCAAAAAGAGAGUCAACGUAAUAUGUUUCACUUCAAUUAUAUAUUUGUUGUAUUAAGAUCGAAUUAACACAAUUAAUCUUCAUUUGUAUUAUUUUUCUAA